AUGGCAGUAACAAAGGAUUCGUUUGAACGGAUUAAGUGGCUUAUCACAGCUGCCUGGUGGCUGCUGAUAGUGUUUUCAGCACAGCAAACUGACGGGGGAGGAUACGCAUAUAUUGACCCGUGUGGGGGACAGGAUUGUUCAGUUUGUCGGUGCUUUCCAGAAAAAGGAUCAAGAGGGCAGCCUGGUGAGCUGGGAGCUCAAGGUCCGAUUGGGUCCUUGGGAUCUACAGGACCAGCUGGUCUGCCAGGGGAAAAAGGACAGAGAGGUGAGAACGGGCAGCCUGGGCCAGCUGGAGAAAAAGGUGAUAAGGGCCCAACUGGAGUUCCAGGAUUUCCUGGUUUAGAUGGUGUUCCUGGAUUACCAGGAAUUGAAGGACCUAGGGGCAAGCAUGGUUUAGAUGGCUGCAAUGGCUCAAGAGGAGAUCCAGGAUUUCCAGGCGAAAAUGGUUACAUUGGACCAAGAGGUCCUUAUGGAAAUCCAGGGCAAAAAGGAGAAAAAGGAAAUUCAGUGUAUGUUUCACAUUUUGGAAAAGGACCUCCUGGAGACAGAGGUGAGCCUGGACCCCCCGGCAUGCCUGGACCCAGAGGGUCAAGAGGUACAACGGGCCCAUCUGGAUACCCAGGCCAACCAGGCUUGCCUGUCACCUUGAGCGGGCAAGAAAGUGGGAAGGCAGAGUUCAGCCCUCCUGAAAGCAGUGACCAGGGAAAGAAAAUUGCACUUUGGGAUAGGUACAUCCCAAGAGGAAAUUUUGCCUCUAGGUGCUACUGGCAAGAGGAUGGUAUUCCAGGUUACCCUGGUUUGCCAGGAGAACAGGGAAAUCCAGGUAUUGGAGUGGAUGGACAAAAGGGGGAGCCGGGUGACAUUGGACUUCCUGGGCCACCUGGGUCACCACUCUUAGUUGGACCUCCUGGAGCUCAGCUGUUCAAAGGAGAAAAGGGCCAAAAAGGACUACCUGGUGUAACAGGAUACAGAGGGCCACGUGGACCUAAAGGUAUACUUGGGAGAGGAGAAAAGGGUGAAAAGGGUUUUCCUGGAUUCCCUGGAUUGCAGGGCAGUCCUGGUUCUUAUGGACCUGCAGGUUUUCCUGGAAUGAAGGGGGAACCAGGAUUUGCUGGUUUUCCUGGACAACCUGGCUAUCCAGGCAUACAGGGGGAUCCAGGAGAAGAAGGGCCCCCAGGUCCUCCUGGAGCUGUUGGAACUCCACCACAUCCUAUAAAAGGUCCACAAGGAGAUCCUGGAUUUCCGGGUCCUGCUGGUGAUAUGGGGUCAGUUGGACCAAGUGGUCCUGCAGGCCUGCUAGGAAGACCAGGAGAUGAUGGAACAAGUCUGCCUGGCCUGCCAGGAGUAAGUGGGGCACAAGGACCUCAGGGUUUUCAAGGUGACCCUGGUUUCCCUGGAACAGGUGAAUCAAUCCCAGGAAGACCUGGGUUUCCUGGACCACCAGGCCUACCAGGACAGCCAGGAAGACAAGGCUUACCUGGACUACCCAGUGUAAUCUGUACUGACAGAGGGAUCCCUGGAGAACGUGGAGCAAAAGGUCAGAUAGGUCUUCCAGGAAGAAAAGGUGAAAAGGGAGAAAAGGGAAAUCAAGGCCUCUGCUCAUGUAGUGCUGGUCCUCCUGGUCCCCGUGGUAAGCAAGGACCUCCAGGCGCUCAAGGACAGAAAGGACAAAUGGGCUACCCUGGAAGACAUGGAGAAAAGGGCGACCCGGGCUUACCUGGUGCAAUAGGUUCACCAGGGCUCCCUGGGACACCCGGCUCUGCUGGACAACAUGGUGAAAAAGGAGAGAAGGGUGAUCCAGGAAGAGUUAGAAUAAAAGGAAUAAAAGGUGAAAGAGGUCAUGCUGGAGUUCCAGGAUUUCCAGGCCAGAGAGGUGAUGAUGGCAGAGACGGGGACCUAGGAUUGCCUGGGGAAAAAGGAGCUGAGGGUGAUUCUGGAGUACCACUGCCAGGUGAUAAAGGAUUUCCUGGGGUCCCAGGACUACCAGGGCUAAAAGGACAGAUGGGAUUGCCUGGUUUGGGAUUUCCCGGCCCUCCAGGAGUCAGAGGUAGCCCUGGAGACUUUGGUGAUACUGGUAAUGUUGGGCUACCUGGUCCAAAGGGCCAGAAAGGUGAGACUAUCUGCAUUACGUUACCAUACCCUGGAAAUCCAGGUCCCCCAGGUUUUAAAGGUGUUCAAGGACCAAAGGGUUUAAAAGGACUCCCUGGUCGUCCUGGGCCAAAUGGCUUUGAUGGGCAAAAAGGCCAUCGAGGCAGGCCAGGAGCAGGAAUCCCUGGGCCAGAAGGUUUUCGAGGUGGAGCUGGUGAUCCUGGUGAUGAAGGUGAAAGAGGAUCUACAGUUGAUGGUAAAAAUGGCCCUCCAGGUCCACCUGGCAUAGAUGGUCAGAAAGGUGUUCCGGGUGAUACCACAUAUGGUCCUCCAGGAAUCCCAGGACAGCCUGGUACCCCAGGAUUUCCAGGUGCCAAAGGUUUUAGAGGCCCAGAAGGUGACAUAGGUGCACCAGGCUGUCCAGGCUUCCCUGGUCCACCAUGUGACAGGGGCUUACCAGGGCCACCAGGACUCAGAGGUGUCAUGGGCCUGCCAGGACCUCAAGGCUUACCAGGCAUUAAAGGUCAGAGGGGAGACAGGGGCCUAGCUGGUCCACCUGGAAUCAAAGGUCUGAAAGGCUCCUCUGGCUCACAAGGUCCCCCAGGUCCUCCAGGCUCCCGAGGACUUCCAGGACUUCCAGGCAAUAAAGGACCACCUGGUUUCCCGGGACAAUCAGGAAGCAAAGGGAUUCAAGGACCCCAAGGAUUCCCAGGACUCCCAGGAACACAAGGCCCAAUGGGAAUCUCUGGUGUAAAAGGUGAAGAAGGAAAAAUGGGCCCACCUGGGCCUAGUGGAGAAUGUGGGGAUAUGGGAAUAAAAGGUGAAAGAGGGCCUCCAGGAGACAGUGGCUGCAUUAACAUCCGUCUUGAGAAAGGACAUAUGGGUGAACCAGGGUCUCCUGGUGAGAACGGAUUUAGAGGCGAAAGAGGUGAAAAAGGCAAUACUGGUUUCAGAGGCACCCCAGGAUUACCAGGGAAGAAUGGUGUCCCAGGACUGCCAGGUGACCAUGGUGACACUGGACUGAUGGGGUUUCCAGGAUCACAGGGUUUCCCAGGACCAAGGGGCUUUAAAGGAAUUCCAGGUUUUCAAGGACAACCAGGUGAUCAGGGUGACACUGGCUUACCAGGAAUCCCUGGAAAUCCAGGACUGACUGGCCCAAAAGGAUCUAAAGGCAAGAGAGGUGACUCAACUCCUCUGCUUGGUACACGUGGUCGAAAAGGGCCUCCCGGAGAUCCAGGACUACCAGGACCCUGUGGAUUCCCAGGAGACAAGGGUUCACCAGGUAUCCAAGGGCAACCUGGAAGACCAGGAUCCAAGGGUGACCCUGGAUACCCAGGAAUACCUGGAUUUCCAGGAGCUACAGGUCCUCAGGGAUUGCCAGGAGAACGUGGAGAAAAAGGGAAACGUGGAAUUUUGGGACCUCCAGGAUUGCAAGGAUUAGCUGGAUCCCAAGGCAGAAAAGGUCUUCCUGGACUGCCCGGACUGGAUGGUUUGGAUGGACUAAAAGGUCAAAAAGGUUCUGCAGGAGCUGCAGGUCAAAGUGAAACAGGGCCCCAAGGAUACUCAGGAGAACUUGGACCAAAAGGAGACAGAGGUGAACCUGGAUGGCCUGGUAUUUCUAUUCCAGGCCCCCCUGGAGAAAGAGGAUUCCCAGGAUUCCCAGGUAGAAGAGGACCUGUUGGACCCCCUGGACCUAUGGGAAGAUCUCCUGAUAGUGCUUCUCCUGGUCCUCCAGGUGAUCAAGGACCACCUGGUUUAGAUGGCAUCAGAGGUCAGCCUGGGAAUCCUGGUCCUCCUGGAGAGACUAUCUUUGUGCGAGGAGAUCCAGGUGAUACCGGUUUUCAAGGGGCACCAGGUAAUCCUGGGCAGCGAGGGCAACAAGGAGCCAGAGGUCUUCCAGGGAACCAAGGAAGAGGAGGACCAAAGGGUCCUAUGGGAACCCAUGGCCCACAGGGUCCACCUGGUGCUAUAGGACAACCAGGAGACCAUGGUUUUCAAGGAAAACCUGGUCCCAGAGGUCCCACAGGUACUUACGAACCUACAGGUGACCCUGGUGAACCAGGAAAAAUAGAUGAUUCAUGCCCUACGAUCCCAGGGCCUCCUGGGGAAGCAGGGCAAAGAGGAGAUGAUGGCUCUGUAGGAUUACCAGGGCAAACAGGCCACCCUGGACCCCAAGGGAGAAAAGGUGAAGAAGGGUCACAUGGCCUGCCAGGUCAAGAUGGCUUACCUGGGGCACCUGGACCACCAGGCGACCAAGGGAAUAGAGGAGAGCAGGGAUAUGCUGGGCCACAAGGUCCACCUGGCCACACUGGUGUCCCAGGACCACCAGGCCCCCAUAUUAGAUCUGCAAGUGGAUUCUUGCUUGUGCUUCACAGUCAGUCAGACAGAGAACCACUCUGUCCACAGGGGAUGCCAAAAUUAUGGACUGGCUAUAGCCUGCUGUACCUGGAAGGACAAGAGAAAGCUCACAAUCAAGAUCUUGGCCUGGCAGGAUCUUGUCUUCCUGUGUUUAAUACCAUGCCCUUUGCUUACUGCAAUAUCAACCAAGUUUGUUACUAUGCCAGUCGAAAUGAUAAGUCUUACUGGUUGUCAAGUGCUGCUCCUUUACCAAUGGUGCCGCUCUCUGAAGAAGAAAUACAGCCCUACAUAAGCAGAUGUGCUGUAUGUGAGGCCCCAGCCCAAGCAGUAGCAGUUCACAGCCAAGAUCAGUCAAUUCCUCCCUGCCCAAUGAACUGGAGGAGCCUUUGGAUAGGAUAUUCUUUUUUGAUGCACACUGGAUCUGGUGAUCAGGGUGGUGGACAGUCCCUUAUGUCACCUGGAAGUUGCCUAGAAGACUUCAGAUCAGCACCAUUCAUUGAAUGCCAGGGUCAGCGGGGAACAUGUCAAUUUUUUGCUAACGAAUACAGUUUCUGGCUAACAACCGUGAUGCCCGAAUUGCAGUUUGCAUCAGCCCCCCUGUCAGGAACUCUUAAAGAAGGACAAGAGCAGAGGAAAAAAAUCAGUAGAUGCCAGGUAUGCCUGAAGCACGGCUAA